CAAGAAGAGAUACCUAGUGGAAAAAAAAUAAUUAGAUAAUGGUUUUAUACAUAGGAUUAAAACAAGUUUUAACGACGCUUAUCGUCUGGUACAACAAUUUCAGGUCUUUAUGCAAUUAUCACCAUUCUUUCGUAUGCUUCUUAUAUACACGAUCGGUAUGUUUGGUGGCGGACUAAUUGUCCACUUUUACUAUGCACAACAUGAAGAGGAUUUGUAUACAGCAGCACUGUUUGCAGCCAAGUCACCCAAAUUGGCAGCAGACGAUGAUGCAUAUCAACAGUUGAUUAUUUCGAACGAUUCAAUACACGAACAUGCAUUACAACAUUUAGCUGAAGCAACAUUGGCCAACGUAUUGGCUAAACAAGUACGCGUAUUCUGUUGGAUACUAACAAUGCCAACAAAUCAUAAAUCAAAAGCUGUUCAUGUGAAAGCUACAUGGGCUGGUCGAUGCAAUAAGUACUUAUUCAUUAGUAGUGAAACUGAUGAGCGUCUUCCUUCAAUAGCUGUUAUCAACACUGAAGGUCGCAACUUAUUGUGGAAUAAAACUGCUGGAGCUAUAAAAUACAUUGCAAAACAUUAUGCCAAUGACUAUGACUACUUCAUGAAAGCGGAUGAUGAUUCAUACGUGAUUGUGGAGAAUUUGCGCAAAAUUUUACAUAAACAAGAUCCCGAUAAACCAUUCAUCAUGGGCAGACGAUUCAAGCCAUUUGUUAAACAAGGAUAUAUGUCCGGUGGUGGAGGAUAUGUGCUCUCUCGAGCUGGUCUUUUGAAUAUCGCUAAUGGUCUAGAAAAUAAUACCGUUUGCCAAAGUAGUAAGCAUGCAUUUGCUGAAGACGUGAAACUUGGAUCAUGUGCUGAAGCUACAAAUGUUUCAAUAGUUGAUAGUCUAGAUGCAGAAGGACGUGAAUGUUUUCACCCGUUCUCUCCAUCACAUAUGCUUACAAAAGAUACAAACGGUUAUCCAGAAUGGUACAUAAAGUACAAUUACCACAGAAUAGAUACAGGAUUCGAUUGUUGCAGUGAUUAUGCUGUCUCAUUUCAUUAUAUUAAACCUGAAGAAAUGUAUCUCUACGAAUAUAUGCUGUAUCACCUACAUCCUUAUGGGAUACAUCGAGAUUAUAUGGAUCUAAUCAAUUAUUUACAACAGAAUAGAAUUUCCUGAUACAAUAUCACUAUUAUCACUAUCAUUAUUACUAUUACUGACCUAUUUCCUUCAACCUCCUUGUAUUUCUCUCAAAAAACGCAAACAACACAGUAAAAGUGUUUGCUGGAAAUUCAUCAUGGUUGUACAAACUGUUUAUGAGGUGUCCAUCAUUCACUCGUAAUUCUAUCUUUCAAUUGCUCUCUCUCUCUCUCUGUCACGCACACACACAUACACAGGCACAAUGAUGCGCACAAUCCUUUGGUUUUUGAGAUAUCCAUUCCUUUCUCCCUCUCGUUCACUUUCUCACACAUUCACCUCGUCUACAUGUCACUGUAAAAUACCUAAUAUUAUUAUUAUUACUUCUGUCGUCCCUCAACUUUCAAGUACAUAUCAAUCCGUAAAUUAAUCAAUGAAUCAAACAAUUAUUGUAUGGAGAACAGACAAGGAAAUUCAAAGACGAAACAUGCUCAACAAUGAAUUAUCAACUGAACUCCACCCAUUACAAAUAUUGUGUUGUUUGUUUACUAUUAUUACUGCUAGCGGUAUUGUUAUAAAUCUCCCUCAUAGCUUUUCUAUAUAGACUUGUUUUAUUUACUAAACAAUUGUUUGUAUUGUGAAAUUUGGUUUUGGUUGUAUUUUUUAAUGUCUGUUAUUUCUAUUGGUGAUUAUUAGAAUAACAUCUUCAAUAGUUUCAAUGAGAUGAGACACAUUUUUCAAACUUUAGUAUGUUUCUACUUGUUUGUUUUACAUGUGGAACUUCGUCCGGUAUUCUAUCAGUAACAAGUAGUUAUGCUGUCAAAUGCCAUGUGUAUGCAAUUUUUUGUAAGAAGAAAGUUUCAUCCUUUUUCUUUCAACUGUGUAUAUAUUCAAUGGGAAAUAAAACAGACACGUAAUGGAAUGAA